AUGAGCGUAGUUGUCAUGAAGAAGUGUAUGUUCAUGGUCAAGGCCAAGACGUUUGUAUCAAUUGAGUCAGCUGUGCGCAACCCCUGGCGUCUAUUUCGGCGACAAGUCUUCAGCCCUUUGGACCCUUUUCGUUUGCAUCCAUCUGGAAUUUGGGAUGCCAUACGCCAAGAACACAAGGAGCGUGGUGUUCGAGGCAUUGGUGCCAAGACAACGGGCCCGUACCUGGCCAACGCGGUGGUUGCCAUGUCCAUGUUUCAUACGUACACCUACACACGGCUUUGGUUGCACAUGUUGGCCGCGGAAAACCCGAAAAUUGCGGACAACCCGCUUGGAUGUGAGGCAGUGUCUGCUUCCGCUGCUGGCUUCGUGCAGGCCACGCUGCACACGCCCCUGUACAACAUACGGCUAGGGCGGGAAGAUCACAUCGCAGCGGUACAGAAGGCGGAGCACAAGGGCCUGCGGCAGUCUCUUGUUGAAUUGUACUGCAGAGGUGGAGUGCGAGCCUGCUUUCUGAACUAUCCUUUUGUUCUGGUACAGGAGACGUGCUCCCUGGUGACUUUUUUUACAAGUUAUGAGUGGUUCAAGACAAACGCAAUAGUUUUGCUUCGCCGCCACGUGGAUUCUUCUGGUGAGAAGGAUGCUUUCGCCUGGGUUUCAGGUGCGAUCCUCUCGGGAAUAAUGAUGGUGGCGGUUGGCACUCCAUUCGAGAACGUGCUUACGUGGCAUGUUGCCCGAAGAAAGCCAACUACUCCAAAGAGCGUUUUCAGACAUUUUGCUGAGUUCAGCCUCGCAAAGCCGCAGCCUGCUCGCUCCAUCCUUUUCAGUGGGAUGAGGAAGAAGCUGGUUAUGGCUCCUUUCGUGGGUCUGCCUUUGCUUGCCUAC